CCAACAUGGAAGAUUUGUGUUUGCGGUAUGAUCAUGUGUCGAAUGUAAUGUUGUUUUUCAUGUAAAUCAUAUAGUGUUUGUGCAUUAUUUCUGUGAAAAAACUGACAAAUAGUGUUUUUUGUAAACAAUGGCGGAUUUAAAUAAUCCACCGUAUAGUGAUAUCAAACAUCCCGAAGAAGUAGUGCGAAUGGCAAUGAAUGAUAAUCUCAAAUUUGCCGUAUUAAUUGGACUUAUUGAAGUGGGACAGGUGUCUAAUCGAGAAGUCGUAAACAGCGUGUUACAUUUGUUGGUGGGCGGCGAAUUUGAUAUGGAAUUGAACUUUGUUAUUCAGGAUGCUCAAAAUAUCAAACAUAUGCUAGAAUUACUUGAUCAUUGUCCACCAAAUUUACAGGCUGAAAUAUGGAGCGUCUUCAUAGCUAUACUAAGGAAGAGUGUUCGCAAUUUACAAGCAUGCACAGAUGUUGGAUUAAUAGAACACAUUCUUCAUCGAUUGUCAAGAGCAGAAACUGUGGUUGCAGAUUUACUGAUAGAAAUGUUAGGUGUGCUUGCAAGUUACAGUAUAACAGUGAAAGAAUUGAAACUUUUAUUUGGUGCCAUGAAAGCUGUCAACGGUAAAUGGCCACGUCAUUCUGCAAAAUUAUUAAAUGUAUUACGACAGAUGCCACAACGAAAUGGUCCUGAUGUUUUCUUCAGUUUUCCGGGUAGGAAAGGCUCGGCGAUCGUAUUACCACCGUUAGCGAAAUGGCCUCACGAGAAUGGUUUUACCUUUACAACGUGGUUCCGUCUUGAUCCAAUUAACUCAGUCAAUAUUGAACGAGAGAAACCUUAUCUUUAUUGUUUUAAAACCAGCAAAGGUGUUGGAUAUUCAGCGCAUUUUGUUGGAAACUGUCUAGUAUUAACAUCAAUGAAAAUUAAAGGAAAAGGAUUUCAACAUUGUGUAAAGUAUGAAUUUCAACCAAGAAAGUGGUAUAUGUUAGCUGUUGUAUAUAUUUAUAAUCGAUGGACGAAAAGUGAAAUUAAAUGUUUAGUAAAUGGUCAAUUAGCGUCUAGUACAGAAAUGGCAUGGUUUGUUAAUACUAAUGAGCCAUUCGACAAAUGUUAUAUUGGUGCAACGCCGGAAUUAGAUGAAGAAAGAGUAUUUUGUGGUCAAAUGUCUGCGAUAUAUCUUUUUAGUGAAGCACUAACUACACAUCAAAUUUGUGCAAUGCAUAGAUUAGGUCCUGGAUAUAAGAGCCAAUUUCGGUUUGACAAUGAGUGCCAUUUAAAUCUACCAGAUAAUCACAAAAGGGUGAGUGAAAAUGAUGAUGAACCUCCGUCAUGCAUGCUGGAUCAAAACACUGCAUCCGUUCUUUAUGAUGGAAAAUUAUCAAGUGCAUUAGUUUUUAUGUAUAAUCCAGUAGCUACAGAUAGUCAACUUUGCCUACAAUCAGCACCCAAAGGAAAUAUUUCUUAUUUUGUUCAUACACCACAUGCGCUUAUGCUUCAGGAUGUUAAAGCCGUGAUUACACAUUCCAUCCACAGUACGUUAAAUUCAAUUGGUGGUAUUCAAGUACUUUUUCCACUUUUUUCUCAGUUAGAUAUGCCUUAUGAUUGUAUUGGUGCCAAUGAUACAAAACGUGAUCCAACUUUAUGUUCGAAACUUCUUGGUUUUAUUUGCGAAUUAGUUGAAACAUCGCAAACUGUACAACAACAUAUGAUACAAAAUCGUGGUUUUUUGGUUAUCAGUUAUAUGUUACAACGUUCAUCUAGAGAUCAUUUAACAUUAGAAGUACUUGGUUCCUUUCUAAGUUUAACAAAAUACCUCGUCACAUGUAUUAGUGCCAAUAGUGAACUUCUACUUAAACAGUUGCUCGAUCACGUCCUGUUCAAUCCAGCAUUAUGGAUCUACACGCCUGCACCCGUCCAGUCACGUCUAUAUUCAUAUUUGGCGACAGAGUUCCUUUCUGAUACACAAAUUUAUUCAAAUGUACGAAGAGUUUCAACUGUGUUACAAACAGUCCAUACACUAAAAUAUUAUUAUUGGGUUGUUAAUCCACGAACGAAAAGUGGCAUUACACCAAAAGGUUUAGAUGGGCCACGACCUGCUCAAAAAGAUAUCCUGGCAAUCAGAGCAUAUAUUUUAUUAUUUCUAAAACAAUUGAUAAUGAUUGGAAAUGGUGUAAAAGACGAUGAAUUACAAAGUAUUUUGAAUUAUUUAACGACAAUGCAUGAGGAUGAAAAUUUACAUGAUGUCUUGCAAAUGUUAAUAUCAUUGAUGUCAGAACAUCCCGCAUCAAUGGUACCCGCAUUUGAUGUGAAACAAGGUGUACGAACGAUUUUCAAAUUGUUAGCUGCUGAAAGCCAAUUAAUUCGUCUACAAGCUCUUAAACUAUUAGGUUUCUUUUUAAGCCGUAGUACCCACAAAAGAAAAUAUGAUGUAAUGAGUCCGCAUAAUCUGUAUACUUUAUUAGCUGAACGCCUCCUGUUAAAUGAAGAAACGCUGUCCUUACCCACAUAUAACGUGCUUUAUGAAAUUAUGACUGAACAUAUUAGUCAACAAAUUUUAUAUACUAGACAUCCUGAGCCUGAAUCACAUUUCAGACUGGAAAAUCCAAUGAUUUUAAAAGUUGUAGCAACUUUGGUUCGACAAUCAAAACAAAAUGAACAAUUGUUUGAAGUAAAAAAAUUAUUUUUAUCAGAUAUGACAUUAUUAUGUAAUAAUAAUCGUGAAAAUCGUCGUACUGUUUUACAAAUGUCUGUAUGGCAAGAAUGGUUAAUCGCAUUAGCAUAUAUACAUCCAAAAAAUACUGAAGAACAAAAAAUUUCUGAUAUGGUUUACUCAUUAUUUCGUAUGUUAUUACAUCACGCUAUUAAGCAUGAAUAUGGUGGAUGGCGAGUAUGGGUUGAUACACUGGCAAUUGUUCAUUCGAAAGUAUCAUAUGAAGAGUUUAAACUACAAUUUGCACAAAUGUACGAGCAUUUUGAGCGUCAACGUAUCGAUCAUGUAACAGAUCCAGCAUUAAGACAACAACGACCAAUUAGUACAAUAUGUGGAUGGGAACAACAGAAUCAACAAAUAAUUCAAGAGCAAAAUACACCAAUUUCAAAUGGUUUUCAUAAACAAACACAAUGGAGUCAAGUGGACAGUAAUGGUGUACAACUCAGGGAAUUGGAUGACGACGACGUUCAACAUGGUCAUGACCAUGAUGACGAUGACACCACCACGAAUCAUCAUCAACCGGUAGUGUGUAAAUGUGACAUAAAUUCGUGUGUUAGUCAAGAAAGUCCAAUUAGUUGUGCACCGGAACAUCCAAAUACAAAUGAUGUGUAUUCGGCUGAUAGUGAAGCAAUUUCUUUAGAUUCUAGGACUAGUGAUUUGUGUUGUGAUGUUCGUAGCAAAGAUAUUGAAGAAUCAUCUUCAUCACCCAUCUACGACCAUCAUCAUCAUGUAAAUACACUUGCCUUACACAAUGGCGUUGAUAUUGGUGAAGAAGACGAAGACGAUGAACCACCAAUGACCGAUGACGAUGAACUUAAUAAACAAAAGACUGAAAUUGUAGAUGAAAUAAUUGAAAAUACAGGAAAAUUGUCAAUCAAUGAUGAAAUAGAAGAUGAUAAAAUUGUUGAACCACCCGUACUAUCACAAACCGGUUCAAUAUCACCAGUAAUACAAGAUGAAGAAAUUGUUUUAGCUGUUAAUGAAGUUGUUAAUAAUGUUGUAAAUGAAUCCGAUAAAAAACCAGAUGAAAUUGAUUAUAAUAACAUCGAAACAAAAUCGAUAACACCCGAUUUACUGGCUGAUUCAGGUGUUUCGGUUGUACAUUUACCAGAAAAUGAGGAAUUAAAAAUUCAAACACAUUCCGAUGAUUUAGAAUGUUUGGAAAAAGAAAUAUUUGAUAGUGAUUUAUCGGAACCGUACUUAACACCAACUGAUAACACAGAAAAUGUUGUCGAAAAGAAAGAAGCAAGUUCUUUAGACGAUUGUAUACCUAUUGAAGAACAUGAAGAAGAAUUAGAAACAAAAGACAUCAUUGAAGAACGAAUUUUAGAAAAUAAUAACGAAGAAAAACUAAUUGAUGUUAUAUCUAGUGAAAAUGAGUUACCAGAAGAAAAUAAUACUGUUAUUUUAAGUGAAAUUCAUUUGAAUACACAAGAAAAUCAACAAAAAACUGAUGAAAUUGGAAAAAAUAAUGUGCCAAUUAAUAAAAAUGAAAUUAGUGCUUUUAAUUUAGAUGAUAAUUUAGUUGAGCCGUCCAAUAAUAAUGAAACUAGUCUCAUAAACAUUCCAGAAUAUGAUGUUAAUGUUAGUGAAUCAAAAAAUAUAAUUGUAGAUAAUAAUAUUCCAACGAUUUCAACAAUCUGUGAUCAAAAUUGUUUAACAUCAACUACUCAAAAUGUUGAGGAAAAUAUAAAUUUAGAAAAUUCAUUGAAUUUAUGCCAACAAUCGGAAGAACAGGAGGAAGUACAUGAAGAAGAUAAUCAAGAACAUAGUACGGAAGAAACAACAAUACAAUUACCCCCACCACCGCCACCGCUGCCACUUCAACAAGAAAAUGAACAAGAACAGACGACAAGUGAAGUAAUACAAAGGCGUGUUAGUUUACCAAUAAAUUCUACAGAAAUACAAGACUUUCAAAUAAAUUCGGAUGACGGAACCAAUAAUACUGAUAAUAAUACAGUUCCUUUACAAUAUCGUGCAUCACCUCAAAAACGACCAAGGAGCGCAUCUACCUCUACACAAGUCGAUCCAAACUUAUUUGAUCAUAAACGUCCCAAAUCAGGAUCAGCAUCAACACGACCAAUGUUUAGUCCAGGACCUACAAGACCGCCAUUUCGAAUACCAGAAUUUAAAUGGUCUUAUAUACAUCAACGUCUAUUAUCUGAUGUACUGUUUUCAUUAGAAACUGAUAUACAAGUAUGGCGUAGUCAUUCGACAAAAUCUGUAUUAGAUUUUGUGAAUAGUAGCGAAAAUGCAAUAUUUGUUGUAAAUACCGUUCAUCUGAUUUCACAAUUAGCCGACAAUUUAAUAAUAGCUUGUGGUGGUUUGUUGCCAUUAUUAGCAUCAGCUACUUCGCCAAAUAGUGAAUUAGAUGUGAUUGAACCAACGCAAGGAAUGCCUAUUGAUGUGGCCGUUUCAUUUUUACAAAGAUUAGUAAAUAUGGCCGAUGUAUUAAUAUUUGCUAGUUCAUUGAAUUUCGGAGAAUUAGAAGCAGAAAAAAAUAUGUCUAGUGGUGGAAUUCUACGACAAUGUUUGCGUUUGGUAUGCACAUGCGCAGUGCGCAACUGUUUGGAGUGUAAAGAACGUGGUCGACCAUAUGCCGUUAUGGCAACACCAAUUCCAACAACAAUGCCUCCAGCUGCGGCUAAAACAGCACAUCUGCAAUCGUUGAUUCGAGGUGUACAAGCAUCUCCGAAGAACAUUGUUGAAAAUUUGGCAAAUCAGUCAAGUCCUGUGAAAGAUCCACAAAAAUUAUUACAAGACAUGGAUGUAAAUAGAUUAAGAGCUGUUAUUUAUCGUGAUGUGGAAGAAACAAAACAAGCUCAAUUUCUUUCAUUAGCUAUUGUAUAUUUUAUAUCUGUGUUAAUGGUAUCCAAAUAUCGUGAUAUAUUAGAGCCACCAAUGUCCAUACGUGCCCCUAGUCCCAUGCCAGCGAUACGUAGCAAUGGCACAUCACAUCAUAAUGAAAAUUCUUCAGAGGGCAGUGCACGGCCCUUAUUCCCUCAAUGGUCACAUCAUGUGUACCCACAAUUUCUACCGGGAUCACAUCCAAACGCUGAGAUGUGUUAUCGUCGACGCAAACCAUAUUAUCAAAAACAAAACCACAACAACAUUAUGAACAACAAUGAUCAUGUGAAUAGUCAUCAACAUAACAACGUUGUUAAUCAUACAAUGUCCUCUGAUCCUCACAUACAACAACAACAACAACAAGUACGCACCUCCUCAUAUCACAGAAAUACAACUGUGAUCGGUUAUCAACAAGUUAACCGAGGACAUUGCCAACAACCUCACAGUGUGACAGACGAUGGUGAAUACGAAGUUAUUGUUGUCGAUGAGAAUAAUUCAUCAGUAUUAGCAGAUCAUGAUUCAAGUGGUCCAAUGUCAUUAAAGGGUGGUAGUACUAGACAGAGAGUUCUGACACAUGGGGGUUACGGAGUAGAACACUCAGUGGACGGACCACGAUAUGCUCGUCCACAUCACUCCGUCACCCGUACUAAUCUUAAGAGCACGGAAUCCAUCGAAGAAGUAAAUCUAAAUUCAAAUGAUAGUAAUAUCGAUAUUGAGACUCGUAGCGAAAUAUUACUUGACGAUAAUAAACUUGUAAGUAAUGAUGAAUCAUGGACUGAUGUAAAUUUAAACGAAGAUGGCGACAAUCUACGUGAUAUUGAAGAUCCACGAAAUAUUCAUAAUAUGGCACAUUCACAAGGUGGUGGAAUGGUCGAUAUUGAAGGAAAUAUUCAAAAUUUACAACAAUCAGAGCGUGGUGAAAAGCCAUUAAGUGAAAUAUCAGUUGUACGUGUACCUGAUAAUCUGUGUACGCCUCCAACUCAACAGCAAGCACGUCCCGAUGAAUUACCAAUUAAAAAUUUAGUUGAACAUUUACCUGUACCGACACCAUCGCGAGAGGCAUCAUUGACGCAAAAAUUAGAAAUGGCAUUAGGAUCAGUAUGUCCGUUGCUAAGAGAAAUUAUGGUCGAUUUUGCACCAUUCUUAUCGAAAACAUUAAUUGGAUCACAUGGACAAGAAUUAUUAAUGGAAGGAAAAGGUUUAACAACCUUUAAAAAUAGUAAUUCGGUUGUUGAACUUGUAAUGUUGUUAUGUUCACAAGAAUGGCAAAACUCGUUACAAAAACAUGCUGGUCUUGCAUUUAUUGAACUGAUUAAUGAAGGCCGACUACUGUCACAUGCCAUGAAAGAUCACAUUGUUCGUGUUGCUAAUGAGGCUGAAUUCAUUUUGAAUCGAAUGCGAGCUGAUGACGUAUUAAAACAUGCUGAUUUUGAAUCUGCUUGUGCACAAACCUUACUUGAUCGCCGAGAAGAAGAAAGAAUGUGUGAUCAUUUGAUAACAGCUGCUCGACGUCGCGAUAAUGUAAUUGCAAGUCGCCUACUAGAAAAAGUACGCAAUAUUAUGUCAAAUAAACACGGUGCAUGGGGCUAUAUGGAUCCAUUAGGCGCUAAGAUGAAUGAAUUUUGGAAAUUGGAUGCAUGGGAAGAUGAUGCACGAAGAAGAAAACGUUUUGUACAUAAUCCUCUUGGUUCAAGUCAUCCAGAAGCAACAUUAAAAGCUGCUUUGGAACAUGGUGCACCCGAAGAUGCCAUCCUUCAGGCACGUGAAGAAAUUCACGCACAGUUAGCGGCAUCGCGUAACCAUCAACAACAACAACUACAAUCUUCCGAUUUAAUGGACGAUGGUGAACUCUUAACUGAUGAUAGAGAUUUAGAUGUUGAUUUAACCGGGCCUGUUAAUAUAAGUACAAAAUCGCGUUUAAUUGCACCAGGUAUCGUCGCACCUGGUAUGUUUUCGGUUACGUCAACGGAAUUUUAUUUCGAAGUUGAUGAAGACGAUCCUGAAUUUAGAAAAAUUGACUCUGAGGUAUUGAAAUACUGUGAUCAUCUACACGGAAAAUGGUAUUUCUCAGAAAUUCGUGCUAUUUUUACACGACGAUAUCUUUUACAAAAUGUUGCUGUGGAAAUAUUUUUGGCAAGUCGUACAUCAGUUAUGUUUGCCUUCCCCGAUCAAGCCACUGUGAAAAAAGUCAUCAAAGCGUUGCCACGAUUGGGUGUUGGUAUCAAAUAUGGAAUUCCACAAACAAGACGAGCAUCGAUGAUGUCUCCAAGACAACUUAUGAGAAAUUCAAAUAUGACACAAAAAUGGCAACGUCGUGAAAUAUCAAAUUUUGAAUAUUUAAUGUUUUUAAAUACAAUUGCAGGUCGUACAUACAAUGAUUUAAAUCAAUAUCCAGUAUUUCCAUGGGUAUUAACGAAUUACGAAUCAAAAGAAUUAGACUUAAGUUUACCAAGCAAUUAUAGAGAUUUAUCAAAGCCAAUUGGUGCUUUAAAUCCAAGUAGACGUGCUUACUUCGAUGAACGAUAUUCCACUUGGGAGCAUGAAAGUAUACCGCCAUUCCAUUAUGGAACACAUUACUCUACGUCAGCUUUUGUAUUGAACUGGCUUAUAAGAGUGGAACCUAUGACCACUAUGUUCUUAGCAUUACAAGGUGGAAAAUUUGAUCAUCCAAAUCGAUUAUUUUCAUCUAUAGCAUUAUCGUGGAAAAAUUGUCAACGAGAUACUUCUGAUGUUAAAGAAUUAAUACCAGAGUUUUUCUUUUUACCUGAAAUUUUAAUUAAUUCAAAUAAUUAUCGAUUAGGACAACAAGAGGACGGGAGUAUCGUCGAUGACGUUGAGCUACCACCAUGGGCAAAUUCACCUGAAGAAUUUAUUCGAAUUAAUAGAAUGGCCUUAGAAUCCGAAUUUGUUUCGUGUCAAUUACAUCAAUGGAUAGACCUUAUUUUUGGAUAUAAACAAAGAGGACCCGAAGCAGUAAGAGCUAGCAAUGUAUUCUAUUAUCUUACAUAUGAGGGCAGUGUAGAUAUGGAUUCAAUUACGGAUAAUGUCAUGAAAGUUGCCAUAGAAAAUCAAAUUAGAAAUUUUGGACAAACGCCAUCACAAUUACUGAUGGAGCCACAUCCACCUCGUAGUUCUGCAAUGCAUUUGUCACCAAUGAUGUUUUCAACAAUUCCUGAUGACAUUUGUAUGACAAUGAAAUUUUUAUCAAAUUCACCAAUAUGUCAUAUAUCUGCCAAUACGUAUCCACAACUUCCAUUGCCAUCAGUGGUCACUGUAACCACAAAUCAACAAUUUGCAGUAAAUCGAUGGAAUUCUAGUUAUGCAGCAUCUGUACAAAGUCCUAGCUACGCAGAUACGCCACAAAAUGCUGCUGCUAAUUUACCAUUAUCAAUGGAUCCAGUUUUAUCUCAAACUAGUAAUAACUCAAAUCCACUUUUAAGGCGGCACUUAGGUGAUAAUUUCAGUCAAAAAUUACGAAUACGUUCAAAUUGUUUUGUAACAACGGUAGAUAGUCGAUUUUUGGUUGCAUGCGGAUUUUGGGAUAACAGUUUUCGUGUAUUCUCAACCGAAACAGCAAAAAUUGUACAAAUUGUAUUUGGCCAUUAUGGUGUUGUUACAUGUUUAUCCCGUUCUGAAUGUAAUAUUACGUCAGAUUGUUAUAUUGUAUCUGGCUCAGCAGAUUGUACUGUAUUGUUAUGGCAUUGGAAUGCUCGAACCCAGACAAUUGUGGGUGAAGGAGAAAUGCCAACACCUAGAGCAACGCUGACAGGUCAUGAACAACCUGUAUCAAGUGUAGUUAUUUCAGCUGAGUUAGGACUGAUUGUUUCCGGAUCAAUAAAUGGUCCAGUAUUAGUUCAUACAACAUUUGGUGAUCUUUUACGAUCCUUAGAUCCACCUUCAGGAUUUAAUUCACCCGAAAACAUUGCAAUGUCGCGUGAAGGUGUAAUUGUCGUCAAUUAUGAAAUGGGACAUAUUGCAGCUUUUACAAUUAAUGGAAAACGUCUUCGCAGUGAAUCACAUAAUGAUAAUUUACAGUGUUUGUUGUUAAGUCGAGAUGGUGAAUAUUUAAUGACUGGUGGCGAUAAAGGAAUCGUUGAAGUAUGGAGAACUUUCAAUUUAGCAUUAUUGUACGCUUUUCCCGCUUGUGAUAGCAGUGUGCGAUCGUUAGCUUUAUCGCAUGAUCAAAAAUUCCUUUUAGCUGGCUUGGCGACAGGAUCUAUAGUGGUGUUCCAUAUUGAUUUCAAUCGUUGGCAUCAUGAAUUUCAACAACGCUAUUGAUGAUAAAAUUACGUUUCAAAGCAAAUUAAAGUACAGUGCAUAUGUUAUAAAAAAGCUAGAAAAAAAACUAAAACUAAAUGAAACUUUUUAAGUACUUAAACAAAAAAUAAAAAGAUGAAUUCGCAGGGAUUAAAGUAUUAUAUUAAAUAGUGCUAAACUAGCCAUUAGUCAUUAUCCCUACUUGUUGUGAAUAAGAAGGUAAUAUUCAACAUCAAUUAGGGAAACUAUUUUUAAUAAAAAAAAAACAUGUUUCAAAUAAAUAAAACAUUGUUAUCGAAAGAUUUUUAUGGGCAUCUCGUUUUUAAUCAUUUUCCGAAUGUGAUAAUAAUGUACUUCAUAAUAUUUAUUUGAAAAAUCAGUAUAUUCAUUACUGAUAAAUCUAAUGAAUUUUUAAAACAAUUUAUCCGUAAACGGAUUUAAGGGCAAUAUAACUAUAAUUUCAUUUGUGUGCAAUAUAUUUAAUUUAAUAUAUUAAUAUAUAA